UGCUGGUGUCAAUAAUCCAGUAAAGUGGGUGGGGCUAGCGGAAAAUGGCGACCUUAUCUGUCGGAGAACCUCAAGAGAUGGAAGUGGAUAGGAGAGGUGAGUCUGAAGAAUCUGGUGAUGAUGAGACCAAAAGAAAGAGCCUCAAUGGAGAGGUUGACUCCCGACAAGCCCCUUCAACUGUACCAGAGGAGUCACCGGUUGACAUGGACACCAUAACCUUAGACCCAGAUGAAGAGGAUGUGGAUCUGGUUCACUGUAGAAUUGGGAAGAUUGAAGGUCUAGAGGUUCUUAAGAAAGCAAAGACAAUUUCUCUCAGACAAAACCUCAUCAAAUGCAUUGAGAACUUGGAAAGCCUUGUCUCAUUAAGGGAACUGGACCUUUAUGACAACCAGAUUCGCAAACUAGAGAAUAUUGAGGCCCUAACAGAGCUUGAGCAGCUAGAUGUAUCAUUCAACAUGCUGAGGAAAAUUGAGGGAUUGGACCGUCUCACGAAAAUCAAAAAGCUCUUCCUGCUUCAUAAUAAGAUCACAAGCAUUGCCAACCUCGAUCAUCUGACUAGCCUUCAAAUGCUCGAGCUGGGCUCUAACCGUAUCAGGGUUAUUGAAAAUCUGGAUUUUCUUAGUUUCUUGGAGAGUUUGUUUCUUGGCACGAAUAAAAUUACUCGACUACAGAACCUUGAUGGACUGCACAAUCUGAUGGUUCUCAGUAUUCAGAGUAACCGUAUCACAAAGUUAGAGGGACUCCAGAAUCUUGUGAAUCUGCGAGAGCUUUACUUGAGUCAUAACGGCAUUGAAGUCAUAGAAGGCCUGGAGAACAAUAAAAAGCUGACAACUUUGGAUAUUGCUGCAAACAGGAUAAAAAAGAUUGAAAAUAUUAACCACUUGACGGACUUAAAAGAAUUUUGGAUGAAUGACAACCAGAUUGAUAACUGGGCAGACCUGGAUGAACUCAAGAAUGCCAAAGGUCUAGAGACUAUCUAUCUGGAGAGAAACCCCCUGCAGAAGGACCCUCAAUAUAGACGCAAGAUCAUGCUGGCACUGCCCAGUGUCAGGCAGAUCGAUGCCACCUUCAUCCGUUUCUGACCAUCCACUUCAUCUGCCCUUGUGCCCUCCCUCACUAUCAUCUGAACAUUAUAAACACAUCAUCACCAUCUUUCCCUAUUUAUCGCUUUUAAUUGCUUUUUUAAAAAAAAUACACUCCCAGUGUUGCCAUUCCAUGUACUGGCAUCGUUUACUUACAAAAAGACUGUACCUAUGCCCUGACUCAUGCUAUAGCGUGAAUGAAUGCUUGUUCAUUUAUUUUCGGUUUAGGUCUCUGGCCCUACUGAGAAAAAGCGACUUUUGCAGUUUGGGAAAUUUUGACCCUUACAGCCUUAUCAUUGUGGUUAGGUAAUAAUUGCAUUGUUAUAAACCCUUGUUUAGUAUCAGAGAUUUUCACCCUUUAUGGUUUACAUCAAGUGCGAAUUCUCAGUUACUGUAUGAUGUGGUAAAAAGGUCAGUCUUCACUUUCUGUUUAGGUACUGAAAAUAACAAUUCUCUGAAAUCUGGUUUAGCACUGAACACUACAUGGACUGCUCUCUUGAGUAAUAUGUAGGCAGGCUGUAAUGGAUGAAACUUGCAUAUCAGUUCUUGAUAUAUAUCAAGAUAUAUUGUAUAUUUCUCACUAUGCUGAAACACUGCUGCAUAGAAAAAAGAAAGAAAAGCUCUUUCAUUAAUAUUACAUUUUAACAGCCCCAGUAACAGAUUAAGUCAGUUUGAAGAACAAAUAUCACACCACAACAUCUUGAGCAAUUUUAGACCAAGUCUUAAUAUCUACAGGGCAAAGUUAUAUCAGGAGGUCAGUAUUUGUGUUAAUUUUCUGUAUUUAUUUCAACCUUAUUUUUUGUUUUUAGAUAAAUCAAAAAAGAUGUACACAGACACUCAUGGAAAAACUAUGUUGUGACUGGCAGUUAGGCCAUUCGUACUUAACUAGAGGGGUGUCUAAACUUGACUUUGCCAUUACUAUAUACUACAAAUGGGAUAAACAGUCCCAUUUAAAUGGGGUUAAUAGCAACAGCAUAGGAUUUAUUUUAAUUUGCUUGUAUUUUCAUUCAUUUUGCACGCUCGGUUGACUGUUUCUGGAUUGAAUGUACAAUAAAUAAACAAAAUUUA